AAAAAAAAAAAAAAAACACGUUCUACAAAAAUGCGCUUCACCUACAAUCAGUAUAAAUAUUACGAGUCCGGUUAUCGGAUUCCAUCGAAAAUGCAUAAUCUGAACCAUCAUCAUGGAGUCGGCGGCAGCGCCGGUAAAAUCAACAAUAGCGGCAACAACAACAGCAACAAUAAUAAUAAUAACAGCAACAACAAUCAUCACUUUGGCCAUCAUAACAACAACAACAACAGCAGCAACAACAAUAAUAAUAACAAUAUAAACACAAAUGCAUAUCAACAUCAUUACAAAAGCAAUUUUGGUAUGCGCAUGACCAUGUCCACAAACUCCACAAUGAGUCCUCGCAUACAUCGCAAGGGCUUUCGUAUCCCAUCUAAAAGACAGCCAGGCAAAGGAUUGCCCGGCAAGCUGCACACCAUAGCGAGAACAGGGACGGGCAAAUUGGUAGCGGGCAAGCGAAUACCACAGCGACCGCAUCCGCCGCCCUGUGAUAAUUCCAAUGACAGUGGCCUGGGCUUUGAUCAGCAUAUGGAGUUGCGCAAUAGUGCAGCAACAAUUGCUGCUGUCGAUAGCGCCAGCGGCAGCAGCAGCAGCAGCAACAACAACAAUUUACAGCGUACAGCAAAUUUGGUAGUAAAUAGCGCAUUAACCAAUACGGUGGCUGCGGCUGCGGCGGCUGCUGCAGCGGCUACUUUACAGCAGCAUCAUCAUCAGCAGCAGCAGCAGCAGCAACAGCAGCAACAUCAACAGCAGCAGCAGCAACUUCAUCAACAGCAGCAGCAGCAGCAGCAACAUUCACCGCAACAGCAUUUAAUACGCGCCAUACCCGUUUCAAGAUCGCGACAUGUCAAGAAAAUGCCAAACUUUUUGGACGACAUUGAAGUGGAGACAGCAGUGGAGCUAAGCAGCGCCAACAACGAUGAGGACACAGGCUUCGGCACCGACAGCAAUCAGACAACAGCAACACCAACAGCAGCAGCAGCAACCACAACGGAGCUCUUUGGCAGCAUCUUCAAUAGUUCGGCGACAACGCUGCAAAACUUUGCAUUGCAACAGCAGCAGCAGCAACAACAGCAGCAGCAACAGCAGCAGCAGCAGCAACACUAUCAGCAGCAAUCAGCCAACUUUCAUUAUCCUGGAUUGCAUUUGCAGCUGCAACAUGCCGCUGGCCGCACUGCUGGCAAACAUAUAAAACGCAAAAAACUUGAAUGCAAUCAUGUUGAGCUCGAUAAUGACGAUGCCUGCAGUGAGGAUGAGUUUAUACGCAAAAUUGCCACCGCUAGCAGCAACCACAACAGCAGCAGCAGCAACAACAACAACAACAACAGCAGCAGCAGCAGCAGCAGCACUGAAGUCGCAACUGCAACUCGCAUUAUUGCUGUCAAGACUUUGCCUAAUCUCAGCAACAGCAGCAGCAACAACAAAAUCAGCAGCAGCGACGGCGCUGAUCUAAAAUUCAUUGGAACGCGCACAGCGACGCGUGUGGCCAACAAGCGGCAGCCGACAACGCCGCUGAACAGCAUCGCCAGCUCGAAUGAUGGCCAAGUGCAGCUCGAGAUUGUCUCGCAGCCGGAGCAGCAGCAUCGGGCGCGCUAUCAGACCGAGGGCAGUCGCGGCGCCGUCAAGGAUCGCAGCGGCAAUGGCUUCCCCAUCGUGCGUCUAACCGGCUACGAUAAGCCGUCCGUGCUGCAAGUGUUCAUUGGCACCGACAUUGGCCGUGUGGCGCCCCACAUGUUCUAUCAGGCCUGCAAGGUCGCGGGCAAGAACUCGACGCAGUGCAACGAGAAGAAAGUCGACGGCACCAUGGUCAUCGAGAUUGACUUUAAGCCCGAAACGGACAUGACCAUCACCUGCGACUGCGUUGGCAUACUCAAGGAGCGCAAUGUGGAUGUCGAGCAUCGCUUUCCGGAGCACUUGGCGCAGAAGAACAAAAAGAAGUCCACACGUUGCCGCAUGGUUUUCCGCACGCAGCUGACGCGUGACGAUGGCAGCAGCGAAACGUUGCAAGUCUGCUCCAAUCCCAUCAUAUGUACACAACCGCCUGGCGUGCCCGAGAUAUGCAAGAAGUCAUUGAACUCCUGUCCCGUCGAUGGCGGCCUCGAGCUGUUCAUCAUAGGCAAGAAUUUUCUAAAGGACACCCAUGUGGUGUUCCAAGAGACCUACGACAGUGUCAAUGCCGACGAUCCGGCCACUGAGAUUGCGGUGCGACAGCAGCUGAUCGGCGGCACUGCCGCAUUGUGGGAGCAGAGCGUGCUGCCCGACAAGGAGUAUUUGCAUCAGACGCAUUUGAUUUGCACUGUGCCCCCGUACUUGCAUCAGAAUCUAUUGAAGCCAGUUAGCGUCCAGGUGUCGAUCAUCUCCAGCGGCAAGAAGAGCGAGCCACACACCUUCACCUAUACGCCCAAGGGUAGCUAUACGACUCUGGCAGCGGCCAGUACCUUAAGUAGCACAAUGCGUAACCAAGAUGUGAACUUCAUGGACACAAACGUGGGCGCGCCCAAUGGCAGCUCUGGGUGGGCAACAGGCGCAGCCAAUGGCGCCGCAGUUGUGGCAGCCACAACAGGCGGCGUGGGCGUGGGCGUUGUGGUGGAGACAAAGCAUGAACUGGACUCGGGCAUGAUGCCGCCGCCGAUAACAACACAAAUCCCAAUGGGACUGCGCCGCUCCUCGCUGUCUGGCGGCACGCCAAUGAUAACGGAUCAGCAGCUGGAGGCGGCGCUGAAGAGCGAGCUGCUGGACGAGGGCAGCUCGCACAGUCCGCUGACUGCGGAUGCGCUGCACUCGCCGGAGGCGCUUAAUCCUUGCAGUCCGACGGCGCUGCAGCAAUAUCAUGCGCACUAUGCGCGCAAGGCGAGCCUGGACACGAUCAUGUACGAUCAGUCGAAUAGUCUGCCUGGAUUUCCAGUGCCGGCCACAGCGGUGGACAUAGAUCCGGCUGCAGUGGCAGUGGCUGUGGAGCUGGCGGUGAAGAACGAGAUUGUCAAGCAUGUGGUGCAGCAGCAGCAGCAGGAGCAACAGUUGCAGCAAGUGCAGCAGCAGGUGCAACAACAACAGCAGCAGCAGCAACAGUCUGCGGCCAAUGUGCACAAGUUUAUUGACGAACUCACCAAAUCCACCUCAGUGGUGAAUACGGUAAGCGGCACCAGCGAGCCGGCGCUGUUUAGCACCUCGGCGGCGAUCGAUCAUGCGCUCACCGAUAUUCUGCAGCAGAAGGUGGGCGUGCUCACCCACACGCACACACACACGCACACGCAUACACACACACACACGGCGGCAGCGGGCACGCAGCUGAAGCGCAGCCUGUCGCUCAGCAGCAGCAGCAACUCGAGCAGCUCGCUCAGCAGCAGCGGCGCCGACAGCUCGCCCAAUAGUUCGCCACUGACGCAGGAUAUUAUAUUGAACUCGGAGCCGGCAGCGGCAUUGGGCGCUGGACUGCAACUGGCGACGGUGCCCAGCACGCCGGUGGCCACCGCAGCCCUCAGCACCGACAUCAUCAUGAAUCCCGCCGUCUCGCCCUCGACCAUACUCUGCUCGGCGAACGGCGCUGCCACCGCGGUGGUGCCCAACAUCCUGGCGCCCCACCAGGUCACCAUGGCCAACUCCAUACUGAAUGACAUUGCCAUGCAGCCGGAGCCCACGCAGCAGGACGCUGCAGUCGCCGCUCUGGCGCUGAGCAACAUCAUGAUGCGUCCACAGCCGACAGCAGCCGCCGGCGUCGAUGUGCCCAGCACGCCAGCAGCGCUGCAGCCCGAAGUGGCAGCCACUGCCACCUCCACCGCAGUCAGCAACAUGAUCAUCAAAGCUGCUGCCGAUUUUAUUACCACACAGGAGCAGGAGCAGCAUCACUAUCAUCACCAUCACCAGCAGCAGCAGCAGCAACAGCAGCAGCAGCACCAGCAGCAGCAGCAGCAACAACAACAGCAACUCACACAGCAAACCACUGUGGCCAACACCACCACCGCUGCUGGUGAUCCGUUGGUUAACUUGCUCUUGAAUCACAGCGCUGCCACUCCCGAGGCAGCUGUCGAUGCUGCAGCCGCCGCUGCUGCUGCUGCUGCCGCCGCCGCCGUCGCUGGCUUUCCAGUGCAUUUGCCCGUGGUGCCGCCCACACCGCAAGAAUCUCUCAUUGUUGCGCUCGCCACCGAGAACGCGCUGCAGAACUCCGUGGCCACCGCUGCGGUCACACCCAACGGCGCCGUCAUGACGCAGCAGGCAGCGGCGCCCACCAACGCCGGCGCUGCCAGCAUUCUGCCCGCUGCUGUCGGUGCCGUCGCUGCCGCAGCGGCGGUCGCUGUCCAGCCGCCCAUACCGCAGGAGCUGACCACCAUGUCCGACCAGGAUCUGAUUAGCUACAUCAAUCCCAGCACCUUUGAUCAGCUUUGAACGCAUGAAACAAACUAAUUAAACAAUUGGAUUAACUAAACAAAAUGGGGAACCUAAACAGGCCUAAUCCUAAGCUUAGUUAUAAACAAACACACACACACACCUUAUUGGUUAUUUGUAUUUAUUAAGACUUAGCUGUAUAUCAUAUUUUAUUUUAUUUUUUUUUUUUUUGUGUUUGUGUAACUUGAAUUGAUUUUUGAAUACCAGAAAAGUCAAAUUAUCUCAAAAAUGAUAACGACUGCCAUAUGAGUACACGAAGGAGUAAACAAUAAAACAGGCGCAUUAAAAAUUAAUUAAUUAACUACAGAAUUGCAGUUUGCAAAAAGCAAGAAUGAAUAUUAUACAUGUAAUAUGGA